AUGUCGACCUAUGUCGCAAACUCCGCAACGACGACCAUCCCCGUAACCUGUAAUCAGGCCGCCAGUGCCUCACCGCCACCAGCCACCAACACCAUCCGUCCUGCCCCAACCCCUGCCUCGACCACAUCUACCAACUCCGCCAAGAACACCACAUUGCACACUCCAUCCACCGAAGGGACGACGUCCGACGUCUCGUCAUCACCACUAGGAUCUCCCAUCUCCAGCGACGUGGACUCAGUCCCCGUCUCUCCUCAUUGCGAUCGCACCUUCACCUGA